CGCAUGAAGGCGGAGGCUUGGGCCGAGGUAGAGCGAGGAGAGAACCAGCUGAAUAUUCGGGGGAUAGCGCUCCUGGCCAAAGCUAUGCAAGAAGCAGAAGCCGUGGAGGAGAUAAAGGAAGAAGGGGAAAGCAAGCCAGUAGAAGAAGAAAAGGGCCACCGCAAGUCGACAGUCCACCGGCCUGGGAGAUGGGAGACGGGCUAGAGGAGGAGCAGAAGGGAGAGUUGCGGCGUGUACUGGAAGGGGCAAGGGGAGCCUUCGCUUACUCUCUGAAGGAGUUAGGCAAGUGCACCAUAGCUGAGAUGGAGAUAGAGCUGCAAAGCAACGAACCAGUGUAUCAGCGGAGAAGACGUAUGAGUCCAGGGGACAGAGACAUUGCUGUUGCAAAAUGCGCAGAGCUGUUGGAGGCGGGGUUGAUCAGGGAGUCCACAUCAGAAUAUGCAGCAGCGACAGUGGUAGCCGCAAGGAAGGAUCUAACCGGUGAAACGUUAGCCCGACGAAUGUGUGGGGAUUACCGAGGUCUUAACCGGAUCACCAAGAGCGACCGGUACCCAAUGCCCAUGGCCGAGGAGAUCUUCGACAAGCUGGCUGCAGGACAGGUCUACUCAACCUUGGACCUCCGUCAAGGAUUCAAUCAGAUAAUAUGAAAGCCCGAGGCGAAAUCUCUCAGCCAAA